AUGGCACCAACCAAGUAUGCCGUGGUCGGCACCGGAGGGCGAGCUGCCUUCUUCUACAGUGCAAUCGUUCGGGACUUCAAGGAGACGGCAACACUAGUUGCUUUUUGUGACACCAAUCAAACGCGUAUGGAUGUUGCGAAUAGCCGAGUUCAGGAACUAGGGCUAUCCCAAAUCCCGACAUACAAGGCCGCCGAAUUCGAUCGUAUGGUCGAAGAAACAAAACCUGACACCGUGAUUGUUACCACCAUUGAUCGCAUACAUCAUCAGUACAUAAUUCGUGCCAUGGAACUGGGCUGUGAUGUACUCAGCGAAAAGCCUAUGACAGUGGACGAAGUCAAAUGCCAGGCGAUUCUCGAUGCUGUCAAGGCAACCAACCGACAAUUGCGAGUUACCUUCAACUAUAGAUAUGCCCCGCAUAACACCAAGGUUCGCGAGUUAUUGAUGGAAGGGGCCAUCGGUAAAGUCACGUCGGUUCAUUUCGAAUGGCUACUUAAUACCAGACACGGUGCUGAUUAUUUCCGCCGAUGGCAUCGAGACAGACGCAACAGUGGUGGACUGCUGGUCCACAAGUCCACCCACCAUUUUGACCUAGUCAACUUUUGGCUUGGCAGUCGUCCAGCUACUGUUUUCGCACAAGGAGAUCUGAAGUUCUAUGGCAAGGAGAAUGCUGAGCAACGUGGGGAGACCAGCUUUUACUCCAGAGCUCACGGUAGCCCUGCGGCAGUCAAUGAUCCAUUUGCCCUCCACAUGGAAGAUCAUCCCCAGCUUAAAGCCAUGUAUCUCGACGCGGAGCACGAGGAUGGGUAUUACCGAGACCAAAGCGUUUUUGGUGAUGGUAUCAACAUCGAAGAUACCAUGGGAGUCUUGGUUAGCUACCAGUCUGGGGCGAUUUUGACAUACAGUCUUGUUGCCUACUGCCCGUGGGAGGGAUUUAGGGUCUGUUUUAAUGGGACCAAAGGCCGGCUGGAGAUGGAUGUACUUGAACAAUCGUAUGUCAACGCAGGUGGUGAGCAGAGCCAAGAAGGAGCGGUUGCCCACACCAAGAUUACCGUGAAUCCAAUGUUUGCGCCCCCUUAUGAAGUGCCGGUCGUUGAGGGAGAGGGCGGUCAUGGUGGCGGAGACCCAGUCCUGCUGAAUGACUUGUUCGGUACUCCAGUACCCGACAAGCUUAACCGUGCGGCAUCGCAUGUCGAUGGAGCUAUGUCGAUUCUGACAGGAAUCGCAGCUAACAAAGCUAUUAGGACUGGCCAGGUUGUACAGGUGAAAGAAUUAGUGCAGUUAUAA